AUUUAUUAAGAAAGUGCUUUACUCAUAUUCAUCAAAAUUUACUACUAUGGGUUUCUCUCGCAUCGUCACCCGCCAAUUUAUGAAAUUGUCAAAACUCAAUUCUUCUUCCUUUUCUCACUCUCAGAAUCUCACAACUCCCCUAAAAAUUUCUGAUUUAUCGUCUAUAUUUUCACCAACGGCAACAUACACAUGUCUUCAUCAAGAAAUUCGAAUCCAAAAACCAUUUUACUGCUUAAUUCACGGGUCAUCUAUGAACACCCAACUUAUAACCAUAACAGAGGAAUCCAGUUUACCAAAAAUAACAAAUCAAAUAAACAAAGAUUCUGAGAAAAUAUGUAAAUUGUUGUUAGCAUUACCCAAAAAUUCUAGCAUUGAAUCAACUCUAGAAAGAAGUGGAAUCGAAGAAAUUACUUCCAUUUUGGUUUUAGAGGUUUUGAAGAAGCUAAGUAAUGCAGGUGUUCUUGCUCUUGGUUUUUUCAGGUGGGCGGAAAAUCAAAAGGGAUUUAAAUACACGACUGAUAGCUAUAAUGCAUUGAUUGAUUCAUUGGGAAAAAUCAAGCAAUUUAAAAUGAUUUGGGUUUUAAUUGAUUCUAUGAAAAUAAAAGGGAUUUUGACCAAAUACACAUUUACAUUGGUUAUUAGACGAUAUGCGAGGGCGAGGAAGGUUGUGGAUGCAGUCAAGACCUUUGAGAAGAUGGAACAAUUUGGAAUGACGCGUGAUUUGUCGGAUUUCAACCGAUUUCUUGAUACAAUGUGCAAAUCUAGGCAAGUUAAGUCUGCACACCAGGUGUUCGAUGAAAUGAAGAAGAGAAAGUUUGUGCCGGAUCAGAAAUCUUACACUAUAUUGUUGGAAGGUUGGGGUCAACAGCAGAAUUUACUGAAACUUGAGGAAGUUUACAGGGAAAUGAAAGACGAAGGGUUCGAGCCUGAUGUUGUGGCUUAUGGAAUUAUCAUGAAUGCGUAUUGCAAAGCUGGAAAAGUCACUCAAGCAGUGGAGAAGUUUCGGGAGAUGGAAGCGAAGGGUGUUGAGCCUAGUCCACAUAUCUUUUGCAUUUUGAUCAAUGGGUUAGGCUCGGAUAAGAGACUCGGUGAAGCUUUGAAGUUUUUUGAGAUGUCGAAGGCCAAUGGUGUUAAACCUGAAGCACCCACUUAUAAUGCAGUGGUUGGGUCAUAUUGUUGGUUAAUGAGAUUUGAUGAUGCAUUUCAAAUACUGGAUGAAAUGAAGAAAUGUAAGGUUGGUCCAAAUUCGAGAACCUAUGACAUAAUUCUUCAUCAUCUGAUAAAGGCGGGAAAAUAUGAAGAAGCUUACUCGGUGUUCAUGAGGAUGAACAAUGAUCAAGGCUGUGAUCCUAUAGAGAGCACAUACACAAUUAUAAUAAGAAUGUUUUGUGGGAAAGGCGAACUAGAUAUGGCUGUUAAGGUUUGGAAUCAGAUGAAGGGGAAGGGGAUACUUCCGGGAAUGCAUAUGUUUGCUACGUUGAUUAACAGUUUCAGGCAUGCAAAUAAGUUAGAAGAUGCGUGCAAGUUUUUUGAAGAAAUGCUGGAUUUUGGGAUUAGGCCUCCUGCUCCUGUUUUCAGCAAUCUUAAACAGGCUCUGCUUAAUGAUGGCAAGAAAGAUGCUGCUCUAGUUUUGGUUCGGAAGCUUGAUGCAAUACGACUCACUCCGAUUAAAUGAUUGUAUAUAUACGCCUUGAUCUGCCUUAUAGCUCGAGAUAUGAUACAAUUAUUUUCUAUCAAGGAAUUGCAUGAAUCAGAAGAUUAUCACACAAUAAGCCACAUUCAACUAGAAGUUAUUUGUUAAGGGUUGAUAACCACAACCAUCCCUCACUAUCUAUUGGAUAGCAUGUCGAUAUACCAUCUCUUUGAAAUUUUUGGUAAAUUUAUUGAGUUAGCUGAUAUGGGAGAAUUUGAAGUCUAACUUGCGAACUUUGGAUAUUGGCGCUUAGAUUAUCGCUUAGGAACGUUGGUAAUAUACAAUUGUGGCUUAUUAUUUGAGGA